ACAUGAUGUGCUCGUUGGUUUAUGUAAUCUAACCUUAUUUCAGUUUCAAAUACGUGAUUGGAAUUAUAUCACCGGCGAUUCUCGGUGUCUUGUUUAAUUAAAUUGAUUAAAGAUGAUUUCUCAUACACAGUUGUUAAGAUACAGUAUGCUCAAAACCAUACAACAUGCCUGCGUGCGGAUUUCGUCCGCUAGACUAUGUUCCCUUGCAUCGAAACUGUUGAAAAAGGGACAGAAGCUUGAACUUCUCGACCAGAAAUACCCAAUAGACGAAUGGACAACUGUGACAAAGAGGAUACGUCAAUAUCCUGGAAAAAACUUACAUUUAAAACCUUAUCACCCAUUGUCGUUCAUAAGACAACGGAUCGCAGAUUAUUUUUACAAAGCUUAUCCAAAUAAAGUGGGAAAUCCAAUAUUCAGUGUCCACGAUAAUCUCAGCCCAAUUGUCACGGUCCAACAAAAUUUUGACUCACUCCUUAUACCAAAAGAUCAUCCCAGUCGAAGUAAAAGUGAUUGCUAUUAUAUCAACUCUGAAACUUUACUCAGAGCUCAUACAACGGCUCAUCAAGCAGAACUAAUCCUGAUGGGACUGAACAACUUCUUAAUCGUCGGUGACGUUUAUAGAAAAGAUGAUAUUAAUUCAACGCAUUAUCCUGUAUUUCAUCAAGUGGAUGGUGUCAGACUUCGAACACAAGAUGAGAUAUUUGAAAAUGUGGAGGACUCUGAAAACUUCAGAUUAUUUGAACACAGGGAAUUGGACAGUCCUGAUAAACAAGGCUGCCAUACUUUGGAUGCGACAAAAAUUAUGGAACAUGAAUUAAAAUCCUGUCUAGUCGGAUUAGUAAAAAGUUUCUUCGGUCAAGAUGUUAAAUAUCGAUGGGUUGACGAAUACUUUCCAUUCACUCACCCGUCUUGGGAGUUGGAAAUUUUGAGGUUCGAUGAAUGGCUAGAGGUCCUAGGAUGUGGUAUAAUACGGCAGGAAAUUUUGCAAAAAUCUGGGGCUGGCGAUCGUAUGGGAUGGGCAUUUGGCGCGGGCUUAGAACGUCUAGCCAUGUUGCUCUACUCUAUACCAGACAUCAGACUGUUUUGGAGUGAAGAUCCUGGUUUUUUAAACCAAUUUAAGGUCGAGGAUUACAACUCACCAAUUGUAUUCAAGCGAGUCAGUAUCUAUCCACCAUCCUCAAAUGAUAUAAGUUUCUGGCUGCCAAACGAGACGGAUUUCACGCCGAACGAUUUUUUUGAAAUAGUCAGGGAUAUUGGUGGGGAUAUGAUCGAGCAAGUCGAAUUGUUAGACGACUUUGUUCAUCCGAAAACUAACCGCAGGUCACAUUGUUAUAAAAUUACAUAUAGACACAUAGAACGCACUUUGACAAAAUUCGAAGUUAAUACUAUUCACCAGAAAAUCGGAAGAGCUGUUCAGGAUAAAUUCAAUGUUGAGAUUAGGUAAUUUGAAAUAUUAAUAAAUCAUGUUUACUUACAGAACGCUAUCUUAAUUAGAACUAUACCCUGCAAACCAUUCUUAGUUCUAUAAUAAGGAUUUUAAAGUAAUUAAUAUAUUAUUUUAUUUCGCAUAAAUUAACUAAAAACAGAUUAUAUAAUAACAUAUGUAUGCAUGUAUACAUGUAUAUUUAUAAUUAGUUAUUAAUCUUAUUUUAGUCAUCGUUUCUGUGUAUACUUUUAGAUGUCUCUAUAACAUGAUCACAAAAGAUUUUUUCAGGAAAAAAAUAUGUUCAUGUCUCAUGGCUCUAAUGGUACGCAGAGAAAUUAAAAUUUGAUUUUUAAGUCUAGUAUGCGACGUACCUGGAUCCGUUUAGAACUACUUGUCUCGUUUCAUAAUUAAAUUAUCAGAAAUAUAAGCAAAGCAAGCUUGUUAGGCGAACCUUGCAGUGAAUUACAAAGCUUUUCAAAACGUACCUAUUAUACUAAUGCAGAAUAUUUUCAAAGUCCCCUUGACUGCCUUGAUUAAUAUUGAUAGGACACUGCCAAUAACUGUCUGAAUUAUAACUUUUUUUUUUGAUCAGGUAACUUAUAAAACAGCAGCAU